UACUCUUCCCUCUCUCUUUAUCUAUGAGUUAUUCUCUCUCUCUCUUUAUGUCUUAGAGAUAGUCUCUCUAUCUAGGUGAAGGUCUCUCGCUCCCUGCCAAGGUGAUAGUCUCUCUAUCUAGGUGAAAGUCUCUCUUUCUGUCGAGGGGAUAGUUUCGCGCUCGCUCCUUGUAGUCUUCCCUCUCCUGCCUGAAUUUCGGAGUUGAAGCAUGCAUAGCAAAGGAAGCUCAUGUUCGAAUUGCUGUUCCUUUGAGGACUACAAGCUAACGACAGAAUGGCUGUUGAACCAAACCAGCCACCGUCCCAAAGUUGCAGUGAUCUGUGGCUCUGGUCUGGGCCUGCUGGCUAACGCUGUGAACAACAGGCAGAGCUUCCGCUAUGAAGACAUCCCCAACUUCCCCGUCAGUACAAUACCGGGCCAUGAGGGCUGCCUGGUGUUUGGAACCAUAAAGGACCAGUGCUGUGUGUUCAUGCAGGGCCGGGUUCAUCUCUAUGAAGGCUACUCUCUGUGUAAGGUGACCUUCCCAGUGCGGAUCUUCAAGCUCUUGGGUGUUGAGACCCUGGUAGUGACCAACGCCUCCGGAGGUAUCUGUCAAGACUAUAAAGUUGGAGACAUCAUGGUCAUCAAAGACCACAUCAACCUGCCUGGCUUUGCUGGACAACACCCUCUCUGUGGGCCGAAUGAUGAACGGUUUGGGGUCCGGUUCCCCUGCAUGUCCGACGCCUACAGUAAAGACCUGCGGCGGCUGGCCCUGGACAUCAGCUCUGAGCUGGGCUGCAGUGACUUUGUCAGGGAGGGGGUUUACUGCAUGGUGAGCGGGCCCAACUUUGAGACCAUCGCUGAGGCCCGCAUGCUGCAGGUCCUGGGCUGUGACGCCGUCGGUAUGAGCACAGUUCCAGAGGUGACUGUAGCCAAGCACUGUGGCAUUCGAGUGUUUGGCCUUUCUCUGAUAACUAAUAAGGUGUCUCUGGACUACAGCAGGGAGGAAAUGGUGAACCACGAGGACGUUCUGCUGACCGGUAAGAUGCGAGCCGAGUUUCUGCAAAAGCUGGUCGCCACUCUGAUAAUACGCUGCAACCAUCAGGAACAAUAGCGCCUCAGACCAAAGCCCCGGGACCCAGAACACCACCCAAACCCCCACCCAACCUGGACCAAGAACACCACCCAUAACCCCAACCAACCUGAACCAAGAACACCACCCGUAACCCCACCCAACCUGAACCGAGAACACCACCCAUAACACCUCUUCCCCAGGACCUAGAA